AUGCAGUCCCGCCUCCUGCUCCUCGGAGCCCCGGGCGGCCGCUCCGGCGCGGCCUCGCGGCGAGUGCGGCUGCUCCUGCGGCAGGUGGUGAGGGGCCGGCCGGGCGGGGACGCGCAGCAGCCGGAGGUCAGACUGCUGCACGCCGGGGCGGGGGCGGACUCAGGUGAUACAGUUAGUAUUGGAGAUGUAUUCUACAAAUUGAAAACUCCGAAGAGUCCGGAACUUGUGCCACAGAACUACAUUUCAGAAUCUCCAGCUCAGUCCGUGGUCCAGCAUCUAAGAUGGAUAAUGCAGAAGGAUCUUUUGGGACAAGAUGUCUUUCUAAUAGGACCUCCUGGGCCUUUUCGACGCUCUCUUGCUAUGCAGUAUUUGGAACUUACUAAACGAGAGGUAGAAUAUAUCGCCUUGUCUAGGGACACCACUGAAACCGACCUCAAGCAGAGACGAGAGAUCCGUGCAGGCACAGCCUUUUACAUUGACCAGUGUGCAGUUCGCGCCGCCACAGAGGGCAGAACUCUCAUUUUGGAAGGCUUGGAAAAGGCAGAAAGGAAUGUGCUCCCUGUAUUGAACAACUUGCUGGAAAACAGGGAAAUGCAACUUGAAGAUGGACGCUUCCUAAUGUCUGCUGAGCGAUAUGACAAACUUCUUCAAGAUCAUACUAAAGAAGAAUUGGAUGCCUGGAAGAUUGUCCGAGUUAGUGAAAAUUUCCGAGUGAUUGCUUUGGGCUUGCCAGUGCCCAGGUACUUUGGGAAUCCAUUAGACCCUCCUCUCCGUUCUCGAUUUCAAGCCAGAGAUAUUUAUUUUCUACCCUUCAAGGACCAACUUAAAUUAUUAUAUUCAGUUGGAGCCAAUGUUUCUACUGAAAAAAUUUCUCAGCUUUUAUCUUUUGCCACAACUCUCUGUUCCCAAGAAUCUUCUACACUUGGACUUCCAGAUUUUCCUAUAGAUAGUUUAUCUGCUGCUGUUCAGAUCCUGGAUUCCUUUCCAGUGAUGUCAAUCCAACGUAUAAUCCAGUGGCUGUAUCCAUAUACUCUUUUACUAGGACACGAAGGGAAGAUGGCUGUGGAAGGAGUUUUAAAACGCUUUGAGCUCCAAGACACUGAGAGCUCCCUGCUUCCUAAAGAGAUUGUAAGAAUAGAAAGGACUAUUGACAACCACGUCUCUCAAGCUCACGUGACCAUACAAGUGGCUGGAAAAGAGGUCACCAUUAAGGUGCCAGCUGGGACUAGGCCAUUAAGUCAACCUUGUACAUCAGACAAGUUCAUACAGACUCUAAGUCAUAAGCAGUUGUUGGCUGAAAUGAUGCAGUCUCAUAUGGUGAAGGACAUAUGUUUAAUUGGAGGAAAGGGCUGCGGAAAAACAGUCAUUACAAAGAACUUUGCUGAUAUAUUGGGAUAUAACAUAGAGCCCAUUAUGCUCUACCAGGAUAUGACAGCACGUGAUCUGCUGCAGCAGAGAUACACUCUUCCAAGUGGAGACACUGCCUGGCGUUCCUCACCCCUUGUAACUGCUGCUCUGGAAGGCAAGCUGGUCCUCUUGGACGGCAUCCAUCGGGUCAACGCUGGCACACUUGCUGUACUACAGAGAUUAAUCCAUGACCGGGAGCUCAGCCUCUAUGAUGGAUCUAGGCUGCUGAGAGAAGACAGAUACAUGCGUUUAAAAGAGGAGCUACAAAUGUCUGAUGAGCAGCUACAGCAGAGAUCCAUUUUUCCAGUUCACCCCUCCUUCAGAAUCAUUGCCUUGGCAGAACCCCCUGUUAUUGGAAGUUCAGCACAGCAAUGGCUGGGACCAGAAUUCUUGACCAUGUUUUUUUUUCAUCACAUGAAACCACUUGCUAAAAAUGAAGAAAUCAAAGUGAUUAAAGAAAUGGUUCCAAAUAUACCUCAGGAAGCUUUGGAGAAAUUGUUAUCAUUUACACACAAACUCAGAAGUACCCAGGAUCCAACAGCACAGUCCUUGGCAGCAUCUCUUUCUACCCGACAACUCUUGCGGAUUUCUCGUCGGCUGUCGCGGUAUCCUAAUGAAAAUCUUCACGGAGCUGUAAUGAAAGCCUGUCUUGCCAGGUUCUUACCUAGCCUUGCUAGGUCUGCAUUGCAGAAAACUCUGGCAGAUGCUGCAAUAGAAAUCAAUACAGAUGACAAUCUGGAACCAGAACUGGAGAAUUACAAAUGUGAAAUCGUGUCUGGAUCUCUGAGGAUUGGCACUGUCAGUGCACCAAUAUAUAAUGUCCAUGAAAAAAUGAAAGUACCUGAUGUUCUCUUCUAUGACAACGUUCAGCACAUGGUGGUGAUGGAAGACAUGCUGAAAGACUUUGUCCUUGGAGAACAUUUACUACUGGUUGGUAACCAGGGUGUAGGCAAAAACAAGGUUGUUGACAGAUUCCUUCACCUGCUCAACAGACCACGUGAAUAUAUCCAGCUUCACAGGGAUACUACAGUACAAACUCUUACCCUUCAGCCUUCAGUUAAAGAUGGAUUAAUUGUAUAUGAAGACUCGCCUUUGGUUAAAGCAGUAAAACUGGGUCACGUUCUAGUAGUAGAUGAAGCAGACAAAGCCCCAACAAAUGUCACCUGUAUUUUGAAAACACUCGUAGAAAAUGGAGAAAUGAUUCUAGCAGAUGGAAGACGCAUUAUUGCAAAUUCUGCUAAUGUGAGUGGAAGAGAAAAUGUUAUCGUAAUUCAUCCUGAUUUUAGAAUGAUUGUUCUGGCCAACAGACCUGGAUUUCCUUUCUUAGGCAAUGAUUUCUUUGGCACCUUAGGAGACAUUUUUAGCUGCCAUGCCAUUGACAACCCAAAACCCCACUCAGAGCUGGAAAUGCUUAAACAGUACGGACCAAACGUGCCUGAACCCAUCCUUCAGAAGCUUGUGGCUGCCUUUGGAGAGCUGAGGAAUUUGGCUGACCAGGGUGUUAUCAACUAUCCUUAUUCCACCAGGGAAGUUGUGAACAUUGUCAAACAUUUGCAGAAAUUUCCUACGGAAGGCCUCGCCAGUGUGGUUCGGAAUGUGUUUGACUUUGAUUCCUAUAACAACGACAUGAGGGAGAUUUUAAUCAACACUUUACACAAAUAUGGGAUACCUAUGGGAGCAAAGCCUACCAAUGUGCAGCUGGCAAAGGAGUUGCCUCUGCCAGAGCAAACAUUCAUGGGCUACUGGACAAUUGGUCAAGCAAGAAAUGGGAUGCAGAAGUUCUUAUGUGCAGCAGAAACUCAUCCUAUAGAUGUAAAGGGUCCAGUGUCUAUAAACAUAGAAGAGUAUCCAAUAGAAAGGCAUGAAGGAAGAUUCCUAAACUUUACUGAAGAAUGUGCCUCUUGGAGGUUACCACUGGGGGAAGUUAAUAUAAUCUGUGACAUUGCUGUAUCACAUGAAAAUGGUGAAAAUACUCUGUAUGUGGCUACAUGCAAUCCUAUUUCCUUAUACUUUAUGAAUAUGACUGGGAAAAAUGGCUUCUUUGUGGACUUUUUCAAUGUCUUCCCAAGAAUGGCCAGUGGAGUUUGGCAACCAUUUGUGACAGUGGCUCCACUGGGAAGUCCCCUGAAGGGUCAAGUUGUUCUCCAUGAGGAGCAGAGUAAUGUCACCCUCUUGUUGGAUACCACUGGCCGUGCCCUUCAUCGUCUUGUCCUUCCUUUAGAAGUAACAUCUAAGAAAUCUUCCUGGUGGAGCAAGGAGGAAGGUGAAACUUAUAAAAUGUGUAAAGAAUUUUCACACAAAAACUGGCUUGUAUUCUACAAAGAAAAUGGGAACAGCUUAGUUGUACUAGAUGUCUUAGAAGGACGAACUCACACCAUCUCUCUCCCCAUCAACCUCAAGACAGUUUUCCUGGUAGCAGAGGACAAAUGGCUUCUUGUGGAGAGCAAGACCAAUCAGAAAUAUCUAUUAACAAAACCUGCACACAUUGAUUCUGUGGACCCUGGGGCCUGCCAAUUGUAUGUGCUGAAAGAGGAGCUGCCUAGUGCAGGGUUUGGAGUUACACAAGAAGUGAACUUCAGCAUCCCUCAUAAAAUUUCAAGUGAUCAGCUAUCAUCUGAACAUCUUAGUACAGCUGUGGGACAAAAGAUUGCCUCUCCUAACCGAAUUCUCUCAGAUGAAAACAAUUAUGCUACCAUAGUUAUUGGCUUCCCAGAUCUCAUGUCACCUAGUGAAGUUUAUUCUUGGAAGAGGUCUUCACCCUUGGAAAAACCAAGUGUUACUGAUACAGCAUUCUAUGGAGACAGGAAGAAAAGUGGAACACCAAGGCAGAACAAUUGUAUGAUUCUUAUCGAUACUAACCAGGUAGUCAGGAUUGUGCCUGCAGGACAAGUCCCACUCAAAGACAUCUACCCAAAAGGUGUUACUCCCCCACAGACAGCUGGUUACAUAGAGGUUACUGAUCUUCAAUCAAAGAAACUCCGAUACAUCCCUAUCCCCAGUUCCGACUCCCUCUCACCAUACACAACAUGGAUAUCUGCUAUUUCGGACACAGAUGCUCUAGUGGCUGAAUGGGACAAAAGCAGCAUUGUUACUGUUGAUAUGGGAGGUCGUGUCAGGCUUUGGGAAACUGGACUUGAACGACUGCAGCAGUCACUGAUGGAAUGGAGAAACAUGAUUGGGCAAGACAGUGACAGACAUGUGCAGAUAACCAUAGAAAGAGAUAGUGGUAAGGAUGUGAGCUCCCCCAAGCAUGGCAAGGAGGAUCCAGACAACCAGCCUCAUGUGGGCGGCAAUACCUGGGCUGGCGGAACAGGGGGAAGAGACACUGCAGGUCUUGGAGGCAAAGGAGGUCCUUAUCGUCUGGAUGCAGGCCAUACAGUGUACCAGGUCUCCGAAGCUGAGAAAGAUGCAGUUCCUGAGGAGGUCAAGAGAGCUGCAAGAGAGAUGGGACAGAAAGCGUUUCAGCAGAGGCUGAAGGAGAUCCGAAUGAGUGAAUAUGAUGCUGCAACCUAUGAAAGGUUUUCAGGUGCUGUUCGGCGACAGGUGCAUUCCCUCCGGAUCAUCUUAGAUAAUUUACAGGCUAAAGGAAAAGAAAGACAGUGGCUCAGACAUCAGGCUACUGGGGAACUAGACGAUGCCAAGAUUAUUGAUGGGCUGACUGGAGAAAAAGCCAUCUACAAACGUCGGGGUGAUCUGGAACCUCAAGUGGGCAGCCCACAGCAGAAACCCAAGCGUCUCCGUCUGGUAGUGGAUGUUUCUGGCAGUAUGUAUCGCUUCAAUGGGGUGGAUGGCCGGCUGGAGCGCUCAAUGGAAGCUGUGUGCAUGGUCAUGGAAGCCUUUGAGAGCUACGAGGAAAAAUUUAAGUAUGAUAUCGCUGGACACUCUGGAGAUAGCCACAAUAUUGACAUAGUUCCAAUUAACAAAAUCCCCAAGGACAAUAAGCAGAGACUAGAAAUUCUGAAGACCAUGCAUGCCCACUCUCAGUUCUGUAUGAGUGGGGACAACACGCUAGAGGGGACAAAACAUGCCAUCAAGGAAAUUGUCAAGGAAGAAGCUGAUGAGUACUUUGUCAUUGUCUUAAGUGACGCAAAUCUGUCACGCUAUGGAAUACAUCCUGCCAAGUUUGCCCAGGCCCUAACAAGUGAUCCUCAAGUCAAUGCCUUUGCCAUUUUUAUUGGAUCUUUAGGGGAUCAAGCAGCCAGGCUCCAGAAGACGUUACCAGCUGGCAGGUCUUUCAUUGCUAUGGACACCAAGGACAUCCCUCAGAUUUUACAACAGAUCUUCACCUCUACCCUGCUGUCCAGUGUUUAAGAAGUAUAUUGCAGCUCCACGAUGUCCCAGGACUUAAAAGAGGAACAAAGAGAAUUCUGAAGAGAUUAAAAGAGGAACAAAGAGAAUUCUGAAGAGAAAACAUCAACAAAACAAACCUAUGCAAUGGCUGGAAAAUGCCAGCAUUCCUGGGUAGAAAACACUUACUCCAUGCUCAGAAUUGAGAAUAGCCAGGAGACUAGAAAAUGGAAAUCUACUCCCAUGAUGGAGGAAAUGGGUUGACCUGCAUUUUGUAAAGGUCGGGUUAAAGGAAGGUGGUGGAAGGACUGUGGGGCUUAGCCUGUUUCCACAACGAGGAGGAUUAAGACCCUGCUCUUGGCUUAGCGUGUCAUCUGUCACCUAAGAUAAGAAAAGCAUCCCCAGCAAACUGAGCCUCUGAGGCCAUAUUUUGACCCUGAGGAGCAAGUCUGCAAGCCCCACCCAACAUAUUCCUGUCUGCAAUGAUUUCUCCCAACCUGUCGCCCAGCAAACAUCACUUUUAUAACAUUUAACCCACUGAAAAAUACUUUCAACAAUAGUAUUUUGUGAUUUUUUUUCAGUGAUUCCAUUUUCUUGAUCAAGCCAAAAGAAUCAGAAAAUCUUUUUGAUCUUUCCUGUGUCUUUUUAAAAAGGUCUUUAAAAAAAAAUAAUGAGCAUAUGUCCUGCUAUCCCUAAGUUGAAAGAUAAAGAUACUCUGCCUAGGCUGGGCGGUGACUCCAUGGAGAAAGUGCUUGCUGUGCAAGCAUGAAGACCUGACUUCAGAACCCACACAGAGCCGCAUCCUGCAGCGCAGGCACCUGCAGCCUCCGUGCACUACAACAGACGGGAGGUGAAGACAGGAGAGUCCCCAGCAGCUCACAGGCCAGCUAGCCUGGAGGACGCAGCAGUGAACAGUGAAAAGCCCUGCUGUAAACAACAAGGAAGGCUAGGACUAAGGACCGACAACUAAAAGGUGCCUCCGACAUCCGUAUACGUGUUGGCAGAUGUGCACCUGCUGCAUUCACACGUGAACACACACAUACGCAUAACACACAUGUCAUUCAUACAUAGAAAAUAACAAGAUAUUUUGCCUCAAGGUUCCUGGGUUUUUUGUUUGUUUGAUUGAUUUCUGUUUUUUUGAGGUAGGGUCUCACUCUAGCCCAGGCUGACCUGCCUGGAAUUCACUAUGUAGUCUCAGGGUGGCUUCAAACUCACAGUGAUUCUCCUACCUCUGCCUCCCGAGUGCUGGGAUUAAUGGUGUUGCCUGGUAUGGUUCCUGGUUUUUUGCUUUCAUAAUGCUUCUCCACUUUGGGGUCCAACAUAUAGUGCUCAAAAUAGCAAAUGUUCAUAAGAUUAUUUUUGACUAAAUUCAUAUGAAAAUUACUUAAAGUUGAAACUAAAACGAUGGCUCAGUGGAUGAAGUGAUUUGUGCAUAACACCUUAAGUUAGUACUUUAAGUUAGAUCUCCAACCCCACAUAAAAAACAGGAAGCUGUAGCGGGCUUCUGUAACCCCACACAAGAAGGAAGGUGGAGACAAGAGACUCUCCUGAAAGUUUGCAGGCAGAAUAGUAAUCAAUAGUGAGAGAUGCUGGCUGCCUCCAAACAAGAUGGGAGGUGAGAUGUACCCAAAAGUUGUCUCUGACACCCACGUGUGCCUGCAGUCACACAUGUGUGCAUGUGCACAUACAUAAUACAUGUAUACAAAUUAAUAGAAAUAUAAAAAGAAAUUCUCAAGGGAAAAGAUUAAAGUUAAAAGCAGCAUGUCUGAAUCAAAUGUUAAUUGGAGAUUUCUAUAAGCUGUUAAAAAAAAGAAAAGAAAAGAAAAGAUUACUUUUAUUUCAAGCCCAUUUUUUUCUUUCAAAGUGUACAUUAUUCCCACCCCUCACAUUUUUUAAAUUGACUACUUCAACAAAAGCCAGGUUUUCUUCAACAUCCAGCCUUCUCUUUACAGUUGAUGCUAAAGUCAGGAAUUCUGGGAAUACUAUUAUGUGUGUACUUUUUUAGUGUAAAUUGGAAAAAGAAACCUAACUUCCUAAUAAUGUUACCUUACAUAUAUAUAUUGGAAAUGUACAGGUUCAUAAUUUUAUUAAUUAUAGGACAAGAGGAAGGAGCACUUAUCUGUUCCAUCACCCCAUCUCCUACUCAUCAACUGUCAAAGAAAUAAAACUAAUCAGACUCCAGUGUAGUACUACCCAUGGUUUUCAUCAUACUUUAAACUAGUUCAUCCAAUGAAGCAAAUAAUUCAAUACAUUGAGUGCCUUUAAAAUGUAAUUAUAGUAUUAAUAAUAAUGACUUGCUCUUGCUGAUUAUUUACUGUGUACCAGGGAUAUGAAAAAUGAUUUCUUGCCUUAUAUUGAGUCUUCACAGCAAAGGCAUGUAAGAUAGUCAUUUUUUACCUUGUGUUAACAGGUAAAAUGUGAAUCAGAGAACUUGUCUCUUUACUGAUUCCUAAUCUUAGACUUUUGAGUAACUGUAUUUGUUAUAUUAAAUCUCAUUUACAAAUAAAUGCACAUAGCCUUGGAGAAGCUCAA